CUCCCCGCAGCUAAUCAUGUGCUAAUUGCACGGCUUCCAGAAAGACCUUCUUUCCUGAAGUGCCUGCCUAGGUUGAUUGAUGUUCAUAGGCUGCACAGAAGCUUACAAGCAAUCUCUUUCCUCCUUCCCUUCCUUCCCCUUCCGUGGCCUUUCACACCGUUCGUCCUUGUCUUCUCUACCUGGGUAGCUAACUUAUGCGAGAGUGCACCAUCCCACGCACUUAAUCAUUGUCGGUCCACCGUACCAAAAAUUCGGGGUUGACUUACCCUGGCCAAAACCGUGUGGUAACCUAACGACCGACCAUGCGCUUCUCGACCGUUGCAGGCACAGCGGCCCUGGCUCUCGCAUGCUCCGCGAUUCCUACAUCUGGCCGAUACAAUCUCCACGAGAAGCGAGACAGUAAGGCGCACGCAUGGCAGAAGCGUGAUCGCCCUGUCGCUGAUCAGAUUUUGCCUAUUCGGAUCGCCCUCAAGCAGCGGAAUCUUGAGAAUGCUGAGGCUUAUAUCUAUGAUGUCGCGAACCCGAGCUCUCCUAACUUUGGCAAGCAUUGGUCUGCGGAAAGGGUUGCAAACACCUUUUCUCCGCAUCCAGAGACCAAGGAUACAGUAAUUGACUGGCUUGUUGAGUCCGGUAUCGACCCCUCCAGGCUAUCUCCGUCAACCGGUCACAACUGGGUGCAGUUCGAAGGGACGGUCCAGGAAGCAGAGAAACUGUUCGCCACGGAAUACUGGCACUACGAGCACAAAGCAAGCGGCGGGCUGCGCCUCGCCUGCGACCACUACAGCCUUCCCGAGCACGUCCAGGCGCACGUGGACUUCGCUAUGCCGACGGUCCAGCUGGACGGCCUGAAGCCCGUGGCGAACGUCGACCGCAGUCUGAUGGCACGCAUCCCUGGUGGCGCCAAACUCGGCUCAUUGCCGUGUGGUGAGCUGAUCACUGUCGACUGCCUGCGGAAGCUGUACAACUUCCCCGCAGGGAACUCGUCGGCUGCAGAAAAUGAGAUGGGCAUCGGCGAAUGGGCUGAUUAUCUCUAUGAGGAGGACCUUCCGGAGUACUUCAGGAACUUCAGCUCGCCCGAGAUUCCAGCUGACACUCGCCCUGAGUUUAUCGCGAUCGAUGGCGGUCUGAAGGCGAACUUGACUACCGUCUCGCAGGGCUCUGGUGUUGAGUCUGCUCUUGACUUUCAGGCUGCUUACUCCAUUAUUUAUCCCCAGAAGUUGCGAUUGUACCAGGUUGGAGAUGGCAUUAACGUGGAUAGUGUGGGGACUUUCAACAUUUUCUUGGACGCUUUAGACGCCAGCUACUGCACGUAUCAAGGCGGUGACCAGCCUUACAUCGAUCCCGCAUAUCCUGAUCCGAACGAUAAUGAGAGCGGCUACCAAGGCCCCCUUCAAUGCGGAGGUGCUCCGAAGUCGAAUGUGAUUUCGGUCAGCUACGGUCAGAUCGAGGGUGCUUUGCCAGAAUUUUAUCAAGUCCGCCAAUGCAAUGAGUGGAUGAAACUCGGACUCCAGGGAGUGAGCGUUCUGUUUGCGAGCGGAGACUCAGGUGUUGCGAAUCGCUACAACGCUGGAUAUCCAGACUCUUGCCUGAAUGCAGACCUACCCUACGUGGACAACAAUGGAACUCGCUUCUCACCCUCAUUCCCGGCUAACUGUCCCUACAUAACAGCUGUCGGAGGAACUGACCUCAUCGGCAACACCACUGACAGCGGGGAACGCGCCGUUGCCGCAUUCGGUUCCGGUGGCGGAUUUUCAAAUGUGUUCGCCUUACCAUCGUGGCAGGCUUCAGCAGUAAAGGGCUUCCUCGGGAAAUAUGCCCCUUCGUAUGGCCCCAACGUGUACAAUGACAGCGGCAACGCGAGGGGUUUCCCCGAUGUGGCGGCCAUCGGCCUGAAUGUUGCCACGGUCUUCAACGGGACCACUUACGGCGUCGGUGGCACCAGCGCCUCGGCGCCCAUAUUUGCGGGCAUCGUGACGCUGCUCAACGAGGCCCGCAUCGCGGCCGGAAAGGGUCCAGUGGGUUUCCUGAAUCCGACCUUCUACAGCAACCCGGAAGCUUUUAAUGAUAUUACCAUUGGGAAUAACCCUGGCUGUGGGACCGCCGGGUUCAACGCGACGCCGGGAUGGGAUCCGGUCACUGGGCUGGGGACGCCAAACUUCCAGAGGCUGAAGGAUAUCUUUCUGGCUCUUCCAUGAGCAUGUAGAGAACGGCAUCCAACCCAGUGCUGACAAUAUGUGAAGGAGAUGAGC